AUGUCAUAUUCAAGGGAAAACAACGAAGUCUCCGCUUCUGGGGAGGAUAGGGUGAAUGCUAUGCGCGGCUACAAGGCUACGCUCAAGAAUCCCCGCACCUCGGACGAAGCAAAGCAGCACGCCAAGGAUGUGCUAGAUAAUGAGCUCCAUGGGGACCAGCCGCGGCAUGAUCUGUAUGCUAUUCGACAGCAGAAUAAAGAGCCGAACCGAGUUGCCGGUGGGCUGAAGGCUGCGCAGAGGAAUCCGCGCGUGAAGCCGAGAGGAAAAGAGAGCGCCGCGGAGAAAUUGGAUGCCUUGGGACGGGCGAGGGAUGAGCAGGCACAGCAGGAUCAGUCGCAGGCGCAGCCGGAGGAGUAG